AUGGUGGAUUUUCAUUUUGAUGAAAUCAUCGAGGUGCUCAAGUUCGAUGCCCAAGCGGUGUACGAUAAAGUUUCUCGAGUAAUUGCUAAGGGUGAAGAUGGUGAUUGUUAUCUGGAAUUAGAUGUGCAUACUGAGCUGUAUCCUAUGCUUCCUGGGGAGAAAUACAGGAUGUUGAUUUCUUCCACUCUAAACCCCGAUGGAUCGGCUGUGGCCGCCUACUUUCCUGAGGGAAAACAAAAAUCGCUUGCAGACAAGUUCGAGUAUGUUAUGCAUGGUCUUUUGUACAAGAUGGCUGAAGCUAAAGAAAGGACUGAUGGAGAUGAUGAAGUUAAAGUGGUGGCAUAUAUUUCGUUCGGGGGACUCCAGCUGAUGCUAAAGGGCGAGACCCUGAAGAUGCACAAGUUUAAAGUCGAUCAGAGGCUUUUUCUCCUCUUGAGGAAGAUGUGA